UCGUUUCUCGUACCACUACGGAGGACGAGUGGACCAUUGGGUCAUUUGGGGCAUGAAUCCAUCUCUCUUCCCUCAUGCGCUCCAACGGCUUCAUUCAACAAUUUCAAAUUCAAAAAUUCCUCCUCACUUUCACAACUUACACCAUUUCUCCCUUUUUCUUUCCCUUCCCCAACAAUGGCGACUCCAAGCACAUUCCUCAAAACACCCACUAAAACCCCAUCAAAAACAUCAUCAUCCUCUCAAUCCUCGAAAAGACAACACCAUCAAAUUGCCCAAAACCCUAACCCUAACCCUAACUCUUCAAUGUCGUCAUCAAAUGAGCUCAAAUCAAGAUUUGAAGCCUACAAUCGCUUACAAGCCGCUGCAGUUGCUUUCGGCGAAAAGCUACCGAUACCGGAAAUCGUUGCGAUUGGUGGGCAGUCUGAUGGCAAGAGUUCUCUCCUAGAAGCACUUCUUGGGUUUCGGUUUAAUGUCCGAGAAGUUGAAAUGGGUACUCGGAGACCUUUGAUUCUUCAAAUGGUUCAUGAUUCUACCGCUUUGGAGCCCCGUUGCCGGUUUCAAGAUGAGGAUUCUGAAGAAUAUGGUAGCCCAAUCUCAUUGGCAUCCACAAUUGCGGAUACAAUAAAAUCGCGCACUGAGGUUCUUCUGAAAAAGACUAAUACAGCAGUUUCUUCCAAGCCCAUUGUAAUGAGAGCUGAAUAUGCUUACUGUCCGAAUUUGACUAUAAUUGAUACCCCUGGCUUUGUUCUAAAGGCUAAAAAGGGAGAGCCAGCUAACACGCCUGAUGAAAUUUUAUCAAUGGUGAAGUCACUAGCAAGUCCUCCCCAUCGAAUCCUCUUGUUCCUUCAGCAAAGUAGUGUUGAAUGGUGCUCAUCGUUGUGGCUGGAUUCUAUUCGUGAAAUUGAUCCAACUUUCAGAAGGACUAUAAUCGUGGUCUCAAAGUUUGAUAAUCGCCUUAAGGAAUUUGGUGACCGCUGGGAAGUUGAUCGGUAUUUAAGUGCAAGUGGUUACCUAGGAGAGAAUAUUCGCCCUUUUUAUGUGGCCCUUCCCAAGGAGAGGAAUACAAUUCCCAAUGAUGAGUUUCGGCGUCAAAUAUCUCAAGUUGAUUCAGAAGUUCUGCGCCACUUACGUGAAAAUGUUAAGGGAGGUUUUGACGAAGAAAAGUUCCGCCCCUUCAUUGGUUUUAGCUCUGUUAGGGAGUUCCUUGAGGCUGAGCUUCAGAAACGAUACAAAGAAGCUGCCCCAGCAACACUAGCGUUGCUUGAGCAACGUUGUGGUGAAGUUACCUCUGAGCUUGCUAAUAUGGAAUCAAAGAUACAGGCAACUUCUGAUGUUGCUCAUCUCCGCAGAUCAGCAAUGUUGCACACAGCUUCUAUAAGCAGUCAUGUGGGUUCAUUGAUUGAUGGAGCAGCUGACCCACCUCCAGAGCAAUGGGGGAAAACGACUGAGGAAGAGCGUUUACACAGUGGUACUGGGGGCUGGCCUGGUGUUACAGCAGACAUUAAACCCCCAAAUUCUACCCUACGGCUUUAUGGAGGGGCUGCUUUUGAAAGAGUCAUGCAUGAGUUUCGCUGUGCUGCAUAUUCCAUUGAUUGUCCUCAAGUAUCCAGAGAAAAGGUGGCCAAUAUUUUGCUUGCUCAUGCUGGUCGUGGUGGGAAUAGAGGAAUAACUGAGGCAGCGGCUGAGAUAGCACGUACUGCUGCCAAAUCGUGGCUUGCGCCUCUGCUUGACACAGCUUGUGAUCGGCUUGCAUUUGUUUUAACAAAUCUUUUUGACCUUUCCAAUGAGAGAAAUCAUUGCCAGAACUCAGACUAUGGGAAAAAAACAGGAGACAUGGAUGGCUACGUUGGUUUCCAUGCUGCUUUAAGGCACUCAUUCAAUGUGUUCAUUAAAGAUCUUGCUAAACAGUGUAAACAACUAGUUCGGCACCACCUUGAUUCAGUGACAAGCCCAUAUUCUCUUGCCUGCUAUGAAAGUGAUGUCCGUGGAAGCUAUAUUACUUCUUCCUACAGACAAGUUUCUCCUGCAUUACUUUGCCUAGAUCUGGCAGAUGGUGCUCAAGCUAUGCAAGAUGAAGCAGCGGCAAACCAAGAGAAUAUACCUCCAGAAAAUAAUACCACACCAGGUAAAGGUCCAGAAGGCAGAGAAGCCCUUCGAGAUAAUCAUAUGACAGUGCCUGAGACCCCAUCACCUGAUCAGCCAUGUGAGUUAGUUUAUGGUUUGGUGAAGAAAGAGACAGGGAAUUAUAUGGAGGUUGGAGCUAGGAAAAGGCAUCCUAGAAUAUUGGGUAGUAGUAGAAAUAAUGGCAAUAUUUUCUUUGGAAAUGGAGAUAAUGGUUCAAGAUCAGGUUCUGCAUAUGCUGAUAUAUGCUCAUCAGCUGCUCAGCAUUUCGCCAGGAUACGUGAAGUUCUUGUUGAGAAAAGUGUGACAACAGCACUAAAUUCUGGAUUUUUAACUCCUUGUAGAGAAAGGCUUAUGGUUUCACUUGGUAUGGAUUUGUUCGGGGUAAAUGAUGAGAAAUUCAUGGAGAUGUUUGUUGCACCUGGAGCAAUUGAUAUCCUUCAAAAUGAAAGGCAGUCUCUUCAGAAGCGGCAAAAGGUUCUUCAAUCUUGCUUGAAUGAGUUUAAGAGUGUUGCUAGGACACUCUGAUUAAGCUACAUUUUGCUGUUGUAAAAAAGCUUUGGAAUUGAUUACCCUUCGAAACCUGCUAUUGCAAUUUCAACACAAGUCAGGUUGCUGCUGCUGUUGCUGCUGAUGUUGCUACUUCAGCUUACAAUUUGUUGAUUGGAAGAUCAAUUGUAGUAUUUGUUGUAGUUUUAGUAAAAUGUCAAUGCCACUGCUUUGUGGAUGUAUCCCAAUGUUAGCGCUCUUGUAUAGAAUGAGUAUUCCCCUGAGAAGAUUUGUUUCAUGAUCACUUAAUGUGCAUUUUUUCAGAGAAUUGCCUCCAGAUUAA